CCAGUUUGGAGAAAGUACAUAUUAUCGAUCUAAUAAAACAUAUAUUGUUGUGCUAAAAAAUCGGAAUCAAUUUCGUUCUUAUAAUCUAGCUAACAAAUGAGCACUAUUAAAAAUGUGGUUGAUUUGGAUGACAUGUUCUAUGAAAACUUGUCACUCGGGCUGGCGAAGAAAUUUGCAGAUUGCAUUCCUCGAAUUACGAAUGUGACUUGUGAAAAACGACUUCCCUGUGAAAAGGCUCAGGUUACUGCAUGGGAAUCACGGCAUAAUAUCUAUCUACCGGAUGAUAUGAAGCGAUUCUAUCUGUCCACCGAUGGAUUCAAUUUCUACUGGAGCUACCAAUAUUCACCUAACGACAUUCGCCGCGUGGGACACAUUCAUUUCCCUCAUCUGAUACAGAUUACUCUUGUACGCGAUAACAUCGAUACUAUUCUUAGCUCAAGCCCCAACACUGCCGUGACUAUUCCACCUAUUAUUCGCCAGUCAAACUAUAUCGAUUCAACAUCAGGUUAUCUGAAUAAUUUGAAACUUAACUCUAGAAGUAAAAUCUUUGAGUUGAGUACUAUAACGGACCUGGCAAAGGUUUGUUUGGUGUAUGAAACGCCAGAAUCAUCGAAUCCGAAGAUAUUUCUCCUCGAGAUGGGAACUUUCAAAUGGCAGUUUUUGGCAGACACCUUCACAGAAUAUUUGCGGAUGAGCAUUGCCCAUCUUGGUUUGCCCUACUGGGAACUUUGCUUUUCCAACUGUGGUUUACCGUCGUGGACUGAACAGCUGUUUUUAUUACUAGCUCCGCAUUUGUUGGAGAAAAACGAAAACCGAAGAUUGAAGAAUAUAAUUUGUGUCAAUGAGAAUCCACCAUACAACGUUCUCGACCCUGCUGUUUUCAGAACCAAAUCCCGCUGCUCUAGGCAAAGUCAGAAGAAUAGAAUAAACAACUAGUUUACAAAGUUUGAACAGUUACAAAUAUAUUUCUUCAGAUAUAUCGAACAAAAAUAUUUUGUCUACUAGAUGGUA